CUCCUCCGUUUACCUACAACAACCAACCAACGUGCCAUUGUCCACGCUUGCUGUUUUCUACCUCUAUCAUGUGAGCGGUGCGAGGUAGAUAACGUACAAAGUCAACCCUGGAUCUCCCCGUGUCGGUGCAUACACGUGAGCUCACGUCUGGUUGUAUUGGUACCAUCAUCGUCUCGUCUCAUAGGUACUGCUGCGUGCAUCUUUUACAUACCUACACACAUUGUGACGGACGACGACGUUUGCAUUACGUGACCAAACCACUCUCUGCUGGCACUGCCACUGGACGUGCGUCGUCGUCGUCGUAUGUUACCUUCAGUGCUGUACGUGACGCCAUUCAUUAUCAGUCUCGACUCGAAGUCGCAGUGAAGAACGGAGUGUUUUGUUGUGGUUGCAGCCUGGCUGGAGGGACAUCAAUUUUGUUCGCUUUCUGCGCUAGAUCGACAUAUUUCAUAGAUAUGUCGGAACAACUGAAGUCUGGUUUUACCGAUGAGAACCUCAUCGAUCUGGUGCACCAGCAUCGGUGCCUGUACGAUAACACUGCCGAAGGAUACAAGGAUCAAGCCAGACGGAACAAAGCGUGGGACGACAUUGGGCAGCACUUGAAUGUGAAAGGAGAACAUGCCAAAGAAGCGUGGGAAAAACUGCGCCGCUGCUUCAUGAACGCCAUCAAACGAAGGAAAACCAAACAGCUGCAUCCGUGGCGGUACGAGCAGCGAAUGUCCUUCCUGUACGAUCACAUCGACCCAUCGAAACUGCACGGCAAAUACGAAUCGGCAGAGCAGCCGUACUACUUGGAAACGGACGAUAGCCGACUGGUGGAUGAAAUUGAAACCACCACCACCACCCCAACUGACUCCAGAGUGUACGAAGAAAGCUUGGCUGGAGAUGGUCCGGAAAUUUCGGCAUCAAUCAAACGGGAACAAUCUUCUGAAGGUUGUUUACGGUCGGAACCGGAUCGGGGUCGUCCGAUGAUUGAUUUUCUGAAACCAACAGCGAUUUCUAGCUACUCUAUGAGUGAAACUGAUUCUCACCAAGGCAAACGGCCAAUUUCCGAGGUUGAUCUGCACGAGUCUGAACCAUCGGAUGGUGAGGAAGUUAACGAGAAUCAAAGCACCCCUAAACAUCACAUGGAUGCGGAAUCUCGGAGAGCCAAAAAACAAUGCAGGAGAUCCCAUGAUGCACCCGUUAGAAAUGAAACGGUUCUAUCGUCAAGCAGCAACGACCAGGAUGAUGUCGAUUUAUUCUUCCUAAGUAUGGCAAAGACUACGAAAACGCUGGCACCGAUUGAUCAAGCCAAAAUAAAACUGCAAAUCAGCCAGUUGGUAUUGGGGGCGCAAAUUGACAUGCUGGGACGAAAUUCUCAGUCAAAUUAAGCCUUUGACCAGAUAAAAGCUUUUUUAUUACAUUUUGUAAAUUAUGUUAGUAGUAUAUAGAAUUAAAAUAAACAAUCUUUUAUUAAUUAA